AUGCUUCGGCCUUUACAGCAGAAUCCUUUCUUUCGUGUUGGACUUCCGUUCCUGACCCUGAUGGUCGCGAGUCUCUACGGGGUAACGUACCUGCUCGAAGGUCGCUACGAACUAGACCGCACCCGUCGGCGGCUCGAGAGGCACGCGGGCACUGCAGUGUCGAGCACAACCAGUGCUCCAUCCAGAACCGAGAGCGUGGAAAACGCAGAAGCUCCACCAAGUGCGUAUGUAAAUAUUCCGGUGCCGGGUCGAGCGCGUUCGAGCACGAGCGGAACGCGUUGA